AUGGGUUUGAAGAUUGUCUUCUGCCUUCUGGCAGCUACUGUAGCCGGUCUCGACUUGAAGAGUCUGUAUCUUCCUGAACAAGGACUAGAUGCGGUAAGUAAAUAUAGAGAAGAUAUGACCAAUUGUAGAUGGGUCUGAUCGAGUACUGGGGCUACGAAGGCGAAGAAUAUAUUGCCGAAACAGAAGACGGCUGGCUUCUUCCAAUUCACCGUAUCCCUCGCGGAAUCAACGAAACCGGAAGCAACCCAAACAAGCCUGUAGUCAUUCUACAGCACGGUCUGGAGUGUGCUAGCGACAACUUCCUCCUCAACUUGCCUCACCAAAGUCCAGGAUUUGUCUUCGCUGAUGCUGGCUACGAUGUCUGGAUGCCAAACUCUCGAGGAAACACUUAUGCCAAGAACAAGUACUACAACAGGUUCGAGUCUGGCUUCUGACAUUACACUAGCGACGGCAUGCAAGUAUACGACUUCCCAGCUGUCUUCGACCUAAUCGAGAACAUCACUGGCCAGUCCCAGUUCUAUUACAUUGGCCACAGUCAAGGCACCUACACCAUGUUUGCCAAGCUGUCUGAUCAACCAGAGUUCGUAGAAAGAAUCAAGAAGUACUUCGCCUUGGGCCCCGCUGUCCGCUUCAAGGACAUCCAAGGUCCUUCAGCUACAUCUGCGACACCAACGAAGACCUAGCUAUUGGCCAGUCCAUCUGUGACUUGACUGCCUACGCUCAGUUCAGUCUGGGGCUUCUGAGUCAGACUUCAUUCGAUAUUCUCACCGCCUUGACUUGUGUCACCCCAGCCGAACGUGAGUACUGUGCUCAAGUGUUCUACUGGUUCGGUGGACCAAGUACCACCACCAACGUCAUGCCCAUCUACACCAACCACAUUCCAGCUGGAGCUUCGACCGCUACUGUUCAGAAGUACUGUCAAUCUGGAAACCUCGAGACUGGAGGCUUCAAAUGGUACAAAUACCCAACCGCGGCCGAAAAUAUUGCGAGAUAUGGCCAAGUAAGUUUUAUGAACAAGGUUAAUAUAUGUUUGUAGGAAGAACCACCAUACUACAACUUGACCAAAAUGGAAGUGCCAUUGUACCUCUACAGUACCCCUGAGGACUACUUGACCACUCUGGUGCAAUUGGAAGAUGACAUCCUGCCAAACUUGGCUCCAGGAGUUCUCCAAGAAGACAACAGAUACCCUGGAUUCAGUCACAUGGACUUCUUGUGGGGAUUGAAUGCUACCGAGAUGGUCUACAACAAGGUCAUCGACGACAUCAACGCUGAUUACGAAUAG